GGGGCCACCCACCUGAUAUGCUCCAGGUCCUUUAAAUGCGUCCGGGAUGAGUACCUACUCACGUUCCCAAGGCCGUCAUUUCCAACGGCAUAUGUAUGAGAUUGAAGCCCUAGUCACCUCCGUCCAUACCCAUUGGGAGUGCGCAUUAUGAGGAACCUGUGCUCGCUGCCUCUUUGUGCUGCCUUUCCUGGAAACCGGCUUUGUUGAUAGUGUUCACUGAAUGUUCGAAUGCAUUCAUUCCAGCACUGCCUUGAUGGCAAGAGUGAAGCAGUCUUUCACAAUGCGACUGCGGCGUCUGUCACUGUUUUCUCUUUGUAACGACUGCCUUACGCUGUCUCUUUUAUUAUUCCUCCAUGCUGCUUCCGUUUCAUCUUCCAUAAAUCCUACCCUUGAGCAACAAGUCCCCAGCAAUCCCCUAUCUCCACCAAACACGAGACCUUGCGCAAACAUGCCUGAAACUUGGAGCAAACUGUCGUCUGAGGUGAUCAGCAACAUUAUGAGUCAUCUCAACAGAGAAGAACUCAAAGCUUGCAGACUGAUAAAUCAUCUUACCGGCAAUCAAGCUACACGAGAGUUGUUCCACGAGCUAUGCUUCAGUCCUACUUGGAACAGCGUCGAGCAUCUCAUCAAGAUUGCGCACGAACCGCCUUUUCAUAUCACGUCUCCAAUCACGGGAACCCGGUUAUCAAAUGUCAAGACAUUGCGAAUCAGGCUUCGAGAUUGGCCCUGUGUAAGCCAGGAGUUGCCAGAGAUGCCGGAAUUGUUGAAAAACUUGUCGAGCAUAUUCCCAGCCCUGGAGAACUUAUCCUUCGGCUUUAAAUUCCUGCCACUGGAACCGAGAGGGCAGUCCUGCUGCGCGUCUGACUUCAAGAAGACUCUUGAUACCUUUGCCGCUCCCACAGCUGUCAUCAAAUCCUUCUUGUCAUGCACUUAUCCUCGCCUCGUCAAUUUGACUCUCAAAUGGACAACAGUCACGAGCGCAGACCUAUACGAAUUCAUCAGACGUCACCGCGGCACACUGAAGUCCCUACACAUCAAGAACAUGCGGUUAGACGGCUGGAAACCUGGCGCCCUAGGCGAUGAAAGAAUCACAAGUUCGAUGCUGCGUCUGAUACACUUCCUCCGCGAUGAAGCACAACUCGAGACGAUGAAACUGGAGGGUUGCUUCUUCGAUCAGCACUAUAUGACAAUCUGGCAUUGUGUCCUUGAAGACAAGUCCUGCAUUCUUCGUCGAGUCGAGGACUACAUCUGUCACAGAGGGAAUUACCCUUUCAAGCACCUUGAACCAUUUCUCAACGGGUUGAGGUCAGGUCGCCUUAGUAUGGCCGCAUCGUCGGACCUCAGGUACUUCAUUCAAGGACCGUACCCUCACGUCAUAGAGGUGAUGCCGGAGACUGACCAGACGUGGUGGUAUGAGUCGCAGAUGAUCCCGGGCACCAUUUACAGAAAAAUAAUUCAAUCGCCCGGCAGAAUUGGAGUAAUUCAUAGGCGAUGGAGGUUGCAUAAUUGAGGUUGUGGACUGUGGACAUGGGGAUGGAGGAGAGAUUGAUAUCAAAAGUCUCGGUAUCAGAGAUCUGGGCGGUUGUGUUUGUCCAAAUCCGUGCGCCAGCUCCAUUCACCAGGAUGUCCACGUAUUAUUUUCAAGGAU